GGGUGUUAUACUGAAAUUCCACAAACGUUCAUACAAAUGCAUUCUAUUCCUAGAUACCGGCGGGCAAGAUUCGAAAAGAACGAUGUUAAUCGUCAGUGGAGAUUCGAAAAUCAUCAACAGCGCUCUUUUUCGUGGGGGGCCAUUGCAUUCACAUCCACAAAUCAUCUCUCAUCACCCCAACAUCCUCCGCCAUGUACAGAGCGAGUUCCACCUCAGCCCUCACACGAGUGGCUGCGUCUCGCGUCGCCCUCCGCCAGCCUGCCCUCGCUGCCCGACAGUCUAGAAACCUCACGCGGCCCAGCAUCACCGCCGAGGACAAGAAUUUGGUGCCCAUACGAACAAAUCUUAAAGGCUCUGCCUUGCUGAAUACUCCUCGUCUCAACAAGGGUGCCGGUUUCACUCGUGAAGAACGUCAAAUUUUCGGCCUUGAAGGGUUCCUGCCCUACGAUGUGCACUCUCUCGAAAAGCAGGCUCUGAGAGCGUACAACCAGUUGUGCAAGCAACCCUCCGUUAUCCUCAAGCACGCUUUCCUCGCUUCCCUGCGAGACCAAAAUCAAGUCUUGUUCUACAAGCUAAUGCAAGAUCGACUCAAGGAGCUUCUGGGUGUCCUUUAUACCCCCGGUGCUGCCGAGGCCGUUGCCGGUUACUCUUCCCUUUUCAGAAGACCUGUCGGUUGUUACAUUUCUUUCCCCAACCAAGAUGGUAUGCGCGCCCAGCUCCAAGGCCAUCUCUCCGAUAUCAACCGUACCGCCGACGUCGCCUACGACUCCCAAAACCCCAACGACGCCAUCGACCUUGUCGUCGUGACCGACUCUGAGGCCAUCCUCGGUAUCGGAGACCAAGGUGUCGGCGGUAUCACCAUCUCCACCUCCAAAGCCGCGCUCUACACCCUUGGUGCUGGUAUCAACCCCAACCGAAUCCUCCCCGUCGUGCUCGACUGCGGUACCGACAACCACGCGCUCUUUUCGGAUUCGCUCUACAUGGGCUGGAAGAGGACGAGGAUUAGGGGAAAGAACUAUGACAGGUACAUUGACAGGUUCAUUGCCAACUGCCGAGAGUUGUUCCCCAACGCCAUCAUCCACUUUGAGGACUUUGGUAUGGCGAACGCGUACAGGUUGAUGGAAAAGUACAAGGACAUUCCUAUGUUUAACGAUGACAUCCAGGGUACUGGUGCUGUCGCUCUUGCGGCUUUGCUUUCCGCGAUCAAGGUCAGCGGUUCUAGCCUCGCCGACCAACGUAUUGUCAUCUAUGGUGCCGGCUCUGCCGGUAUGGGUAUCGCCGACCAGAUCAAGGACGGUCUUCAAAUCCUCGAUGGUCUCUCCCCCUCUGAAGCCGCCAAGCGAUUCUGGUGUGUCGACCGACACGGUCUCCUCGUCCAAUCCCAAGGCAACGCCCUCCGACACUCCCAGCUCCCCUACGCCAGGCCCGAUGCCGAGGUGCAACAUUGGUCCAAGGAGGAUGAGGACAGGGAAGGUUACUGGUUGAUGGAUGUGAUCAAGAAUGUCAAGCCGACGGUGCUUAUUGGCACGUCGACGCAUUCCAGGGCGUUUAACGAGGAGUUGAUUAGGGAGAUGGGCAAGCACGUUGAGAGGCCUAUCAUUUUCCCCAUGUCCAACCCUACUGCUUUGUGUGAGGUCGACCCCGCCGAUGCUCUCGCCUGGACCGAGGGCCGCGCCCUCGUCGCCACCGGUUCCCCCUUCCCCCCUGUUCCUCUCGCCGACGGCAAAGAGUACGUUGUCGCCCAGACCAACAACGCCCUCAUCUACCCCGCCCUCGGUCUCGGUGCCAUCCUCUCCCGCUCCAAGACCAUCUCCAACUCCAUGCUCAUGGCCGGUGUCAACUCGCUCGCCUCGCUCUCCCCCGCGCUCUCAAAUCCCGAGGCGUCGCUCUUGCCGGAUUUGGCGGAUGUGCGAAAGGUGUCGGUGGACGUUGCGGCCGCGGUGGUCAGGCAGGCUGUGGAGGAUGGCAAUGCGUAUGACGAAAUCACCAUCAAGUAUGCCACAGGGAAGGGUGAAUCGUCGCUUGAGGAUUACAUCAGGAGCAGGAUGUGGGACGCUGUCUACCGACCGCUCGAGUUGGUUGAUUAGGAGGUGAUGCGAGUGCAGGGAGAGGAGCAUGGACUUGUUGCUUGUUCUCUUUUUUUGGUGUCUACAUUACAUAGAGUGUCUUGCGUUUUCUGCGGGCGCAUUAGAAUGUGCAAAUGCAUCAUCAUUUGUUG